CACUGUCAUUCUUUCCUUUUACCUGCCUAGAUUUCCAAGUGCCGGCGAAGCUUCCAAUUGGCAAUUUCUUAUUCGAGGACUAAGAAGCAUCAUGGCAGACGCACAGUAUGGGGCGUACGGCCAGCAGCAGCAAGCUGGACAGCAAGCCCAAGGAGGCUACAACUAUGGAGGAUACAGUGGGGGUGACAGUGCCUACGGUGGACAGGCACAGAGUGGAUAUGGACAAGCUCAAGGAGCAGGCUACGACCAGCAGCAACAGCAACAACAACCUGCGUCCUACGGAAGCUAUGACCAGAGUGCUGCGUACGGUGGAAGCUCUGCCCAGCCAGCUCAGCAAGGUCAAUAUGGGGGGCAGGGUCAACAACAAAGCUAUGGCCAGUAUGGUCAGCAAGCCGGGUAUGGCCAAAGUUCCGAUGUCUCAGGUGGUUAUGGAAGCCAGCAGUAUGGGCAAUCUGGCUACGGCCAGACCCAGCAGGGUGCUGUAGCAGGUGGCUAUGGAGCCGGUGGAAGUACCGGGGCCGGUGGAGAUCCGUAUGCUCAGAGUGGAGGCUACUCUGCUGGUCAGCAGGGAGCGGGGGGUUAUGGCCAACAGACUCAGCAGGGCGGCUAUGGUAGCACAGGUGGCUACAACCAAGGAGGUGGGGCUGGUGCCGGCGGGGGCUCUGGUGCUGGCUACAACCAGGCUACCGGAGGAGGAGGAGGCUCUGGCGGUGGCUACAAUCAGGCUGCCGGAGGAGGAGGCUCUGGUAGUGGGGGCUACAGCCCGCCGAGUGGAGGAGGAGGAGGUAGCAGCGGAGGCUACGGAGGGAACGGUUACUCCAGCAGAGGAGGAGGAGGGGGAGGCUAUGGAGGUGGACGUGGUGGUGGGGGCGGCAGCUAUAAUCAGCGGGAGGAGUACGGAGGCGGGAGAGACAGCUACGAUGGCGGGAGAGGAGGUUUUGGUGGUCGAGGCCGUGGUGGCGGUGACCGAGGUGGCAGUGGAGGAUUUGGGCCGAGGGGGCGGGGCCUCUGACCGCGGCGGUGGUGGCGGCAGCUAUGGGGCCGGCAUGGACAUGGAGAUCCAGCAGGACACCAUCUUUGUGUCCAACAUGGGCCAGGAUGUCUCCGAGGACCUCUUGGUGCAGCACUUUGGCAGCAUUGGGGUCAUCAAGACGGACAAGAGAACUGGUCAGCCAAAAGUCUGGAUGUACAAGGACAAGAUGACCAGCAUGCCGAAGGGGGAAGCCACUGUGACCUUUGAUGACCCUGACACAGCCAAGGCCGCCAUUGACUGGUUUGACGGCAAGGACUUCAACGGCAGGACGAUCAAAGUAGAACUUGCUCAGAGGCAGAGGAGUGCAUUCGCGCGGGGAGGACCGAGGGGAGGUCGAGGUUUUGGCGGUGGCGGCGGCGGCGGCGGCGGAGGACCUGCCAGAGAGGGCGACUGGACGUGCCCAGAAGAGGACUGCAGCAACACCAACUUUGCCUGGAGAGACUCGUGCAACAGAUGCCACGCCCCGCGGCCGGGCGGUGGUGGUGGUGGGGACGACAGAG